ACCAGGAGGAGGUGAAUGUCUGGGGGGGGACUUGUGUGCUUGUCUGCUGGCAACCUGAUUGACUAACAUCACCAACGCCCAUAAAGUGGUAACAUCCAGGAAAUGAACCGAGCUGCAAGAAGAAGAAGAGCCGCCUGUUCCCGUUAAGUCCUACCGGCUCAGACGCUCCAGUGCUGCGGUGGUGGUCGUGAUUUUCCACUGGUUCUUUCUCCUUGUUGGAUGUGUAGCAUCAACUGCACAACUUAACCGCCCUUUCUCCGCUAGCUCCCUGCUGCUUUGACUCCCAUUCACCCACUAAAGAAGGAAAAAUAAAACAUGGCAACCCAGAUCGAUAAGGAAGCUUGCAGAGAGGCUUAUAAUCAAGUCAGAGACGACAACACGGAAACCAACUGGGCUGUGUUCACGUAUGAGGGCUCUAUGAUCGUGCCUGCAGGACAAGGAACCGACUACAAUGAAUUCAAGGAAAUGUGCACAGACGACAAUCGUCUGUUUGGUUUCCUCCGCAUCACAACGGGAGACGCCAUGAGCAAACGAGCCAAGUUCACCCUCAUCACCUGGAUCGGAGAGAACAUCAGCGGGCUGCAGCGCGCCAAGAUCAGCACCGACAAGACGCUGGUCAAAGACAUCGUGCAGAACUUCGCCAAGGAGUUCAUGAUCAGUGACCGGAGGGAACUGGAGGAGGACUACAUCCGCCAGGAGCUGAAGAAGGCCGGCGGAGCCAACUACGACGCUCAGGCCGAGUAGAGGAACGCCGCGGUCCUGCGGAAGGGGGUCGGGGUUGGUCAGGGGUGGUCGGAUUAGGUGGUUCAAACAAACGAGGGUUGGGGAGCGUUGGGGAGCGGGCGGCUACCUCUUGGGGGAGAGGGCGAAGCGGGAUGGAGAGGGCAGGAGUCACCACUAAAUACUCAAAUACACCAUAACCUGCGCAGCCUGUUAAUGGAGCCUGAACGUGUCAGUCAGGAGAAGCUAACGGGCUAGCACGAUGGUGCAUUCAGGCGCUUAUAAACUUCAUUUUAAGACAAACAGAAACUUCUUCCUCGACAACUCCUGAUUCUGCACAAUUUAAAACAGGAAGGAAGCUGAAAGCUGCACUUGCAUGUCUAGGGAACUCAUCUAGCAGCUGCUUAGCUUAGCUUACCUUAGCUUAGCACAAAGACCUAGUCAGUAUUUGGCAAUAGAUCUUUCUCAGCUCACUUCAGCAAUUAUCUCAAUCAUCAACCUGUCCUCUCGAUCUCAUUCCAAUUAAACUAAAUUACUCAAUGAUAUAAUAUUUUCUGUCUUUAUGCUAAGCUAACAUUUAACAUUAACAUUAGCUAACAUUUUCCUGAGCACAAACCUAAAUAAUGAUUAAAACAACAGGGAGCAGAGUGCGAUGGUGCAUGAACAGAGGGAGCAGCGUUACCUUAAGUCAACUUUUAACCAUGUGUUCUUUUUGCUAAGCUAAACUAAGCUAAGCUAAGCUAAUGGCCUGUGCAGCAUGUUUCUGAGAUCUAUUCAGUUCAGUUAUAUCGUGAAAAAGGCUGAAGAAGCUGCCUCCUUGUUUCAUUUCACCAGUUUUGUUGGUGGAAGUUAAACAUGAGUUAAAAUGAAGUUUCUAAGCGCUUCUUCAUGACUCCUCCCCCUCCUCUCUGACUCCGCCCUCUCCCCAGUCAGCUCAUGGUUGGUUAUCUACUGUUGCCGUGUGUCGUCAUCUCAUAUUCGUCCUCGUUCUCGGCUGCAGACGUUUUGCAUCGAGGCUUCAGCUCAAUUUAUUUAACGCACAACGAGGAUGUUAGAAAAUAAUAAAAUGUUAUAAAUGAAAAAAAAAAAAAA